CACCUGUCACCUUGACAUUUGAGUACUAUUUGUUUUGUGGGGCGACAGCUGACGGAUUAGUAAUUAGCAUAUAUUUUGUGUUUUCAAUGGCCUUUAAGGUCUGAGUCGAAUAUUUUUACAGAUUUCAGUGUUGUUGUGGUAUCAGGUGUUUGGAUUCACUAUUCCAGCCCCAGCACAGAAUGUCUUGCAAUCAGUGUGGUAUCAAAUAUAACUUCUUCCACAAAGAGAUGGGCUGUUCAAGUUGCAAACGGUCAUUUUGCGGAAAAUGUCUCAAUCAGAAGCUUAGAAUAUCGCCCAAAGGCCAUAAAGAACCUGUAUGCAAAGGCUGUUAUUUGAAACUACAGGCAGGGUCCAGUGACGAGGCACCUCAACCGAUUAUACCACCAGAUACUUUCUUCAAGAGAUGGGAGAAUUUGGAAAACCCAACAGCCAAACCACCUAUAACAGUGUAUAAGCAAGAUCGAACAAACCAGAAUCAGUCAUAUUUUGGCCUUUCAAAGGCAGAUAUAGAGUUAAUGAAGAGGCUGGAAAAAUUAAAAGAUAAUGGUGAUCAGUCAAAAAGUCUCCCUACAGAUGCAGAGAUUAGAGCUAGGCUGUCGCAGCUCAAAGGAGAUAAUCAUUAUACUGAAGAACCUGUUAAAGGCAAGGUGUUAUACCCUACAGACAGUCGCAGUGACCCUGAAAAAGUAGACAGUCUCCUGGAACAGUUUGUGAAGGAAAAGGAGAUCGAAAUCACCAAGGACCCCACUUUAGAAGGUAUUGAAGCUCGGUUGGCUACAUUAAGGGAUCAAGGAGUGAGACCGAACGAAGGACCCUAUGUCAGGGAACUUCAUGAUGGUGGGUCUGACGAAGAGAGCGGGAAUGAGGAACGUGAAGUUGAUAAACUCACUAGAAAGAUAAUGGACGAGGUAGCGAUGGACGAUCGAAACCACCUGAAAAGCAAAUCGAAAUGGAAAAAAGACGAACGAGACGAAACCAGUGAUGAAGACCCAGAAAUGACAGAUGAUGAUGAUGAAGACAGCACCACCAAACCUUGCCGGGAUUGCCCUGAGUUGCCUUGGUGCGUACUUUGCAAUAACGAUGCAACAUAUCGAUGCACCGAUUGCACCGGCGACCUUUAUUGUGACGAAUGCAAUAGGGAAGUGCAUCGAAAUUGGGGCGAGAAUGAUCACAAGGUGGUGCCGUAUAGGAGGAAGUAGAGCAAAUAUUUGCUGUGAUACAAAGUCUUUCUUUGAUAUAGUUGUUAAAAAUGAGUGCAUUUAAGGAACAACAGCAAUGACAAUGUCAAAGUGAUUCAAAUAGUCGUUGACAUGAAGCGCUUCUACUUUGUCGUUUCUUGAUAAGUCCAAUGUCACCAACAAAUUUUGAGCAGAUCAUGUGUUUCAAGAGCUAUAAUUUAACCCUGAUAUGAGUUUUUCCUGGCUCGUAUGGUAUAUAGCACUGAAUGGGGUGCUUGUCUACUGGGAUCUUGUUUUAUUAUUUAUUACACCCCAAGUUUUGGGAGACUUAGUAGGCAGUAGGAUCACAAAGCAGUCCCUUGAAAGAAAUUCAUUAUGGUAUUUUUUUAUCGAUAACAAUGGCAAGGUUACUUUUUUGGAUUUUUUUAAUUGUCAAAGCAGACUGUAUUUUGCAAACGAUUUCAAGAGGCUAUCAAUUUUCAUUACUUGAAUGUCUUUUAAUCGUCAAAAAAUAUCUGUAUUGUUGAUGUUAUGUUUCCACGUGUCCACUAAAUAAUUAAUAGUACAAACGAUUCGUGCAGCCAGGCGUUACAGUCCGCGUUAUGCACAUUAAAAUAUAUAUCUACGCGUAUUUUGCUCACAAAGAACGGAUGUCAACUUUUGGAUAAUUAAUUUAAUAUUGUCAAAUUAGCCAGUAUCAUUUAGUAGCUCUUUAUGUAUUUAUGUCGGAGGAACUUGUUAUUUAUAUCUAUAAUAAAAAUAAUCUUAUUUGUAAUUAUUCCAAAUAUAAUGUUCUAUAGCA